AUGUUUGUGACUUUCACCUUAACUGCCUUAGCUGUUCUUACUAUUAUCUCUCCUGCCAUAAUGGCAUCAUUUGAAAACCAAAACGUAAUUAAGAAACAAAAAAAGAAACAAAAUAAUGAAAAGGCUGACGAAAAUUUGAAAACAAGUAACGUUCUUAAACCACCCGUUAACUUAGCAGCGAUGUUGCCAAUUACAAAAUUAACAAGUUCCGGUUAUACCGAAGAUGAAAGACUCCAAAAUAUCGAGGAUAAAAUUGAUGAAAUGCUAAAACGCAUUGAAAUGAUCAAGAAAUAUAAGGAACAAAAAAAAAAUAGAUUUAUAGGAUAG